CAAUCUAGCGGUUUGCCUUCUGUUGUGCGAGCGGGUGGUAUAAGCCUUGCUGAUCCUAAUGUACAAAAUAUUGAAAUCGCCGAGUGUAUCGAACAUCAUGAUUACGAAUAUCCAUCAUCCUAUAAUGACAUAGCAUUAGUCAAACUGGCCGAGUAUAGAAUCCCAACUUCUAAAUUUGAAGGAGCAGCAUGUCUUUGGACACCUGAUCGCAUAGGUGAUACCGAUAAUGCAAUUGUUUUAGGCUAUGGACACACCUCUUUCGCCGGUAUUGCGUCUGAAGAUUUGUUAAAAGCCACUCUGAAGGUUUAUACGCAAAGCCAAUGUGAACAAGAUUAUCCACCUGACGAGCUAUCUCGUAAUCUUAGGAACGGUAUAUCAAAAGAUUUUAUCUGUGCCAUAGAUCCAGAGAAUCUAAGAGACACUUGCCAAGGUGAUUCUGGUGGACCCCUAGUUAAGGUAAUCCUUGAAAAACCAUAUAUUGUUGGUGUUACUUCGUUUGGCGUUGGCUGUGCAUCAGGAAUGCCUGGUAUAUACACCAGAGUCUCCGAAUACAUUUCCUGGAUAGAGGAGAUUAUCUGGCCGGAUGAGAGAUGGGCAUAAAGCAAUAAACGGAUAGUUUCACUGCUUUAAACUUAUGGAAUGUCAGAUUUGUUAUGAAGAUUAUAGCUGGAAUGAGAAGAUUAGGUUAAGCUAUUGAAAAUUUAUCUAAUUUCUUUUGCUAUAUCUAUAGAGCUGUUUUUGUAACUAAGCAAAUCAUGGAACUCGAGUUCAUUUUAUUUUCCACAAGUAAAAUUAUUAAAUAAAAUAUUUCAAAAAGAAUUAAAA